CUGAGACUCAGAGCUCGGUGCAUGUCCCAGCUCGACCCUUCAGAGUGCCCAAUCGAACUGACUCCAGUCGCACUGGAGCGCGGACGCGAGGACACAGCCAGCGAUCGACUGCAUCUCCGAGAACCCAGCACGGACGGGACUGUCACCAGUCAAUUCGAAGAGACCAACGUCCAAGAACUGCCCCCCAUCGAUGGAGGCUGGAAGGCAUGGCGUUUCGUUGCCUCCGCCUUUAUGGUGGAGGUCAUGGUCUGGGGCUGGGAGUUCAGUUACGGUAUCUUCCAAGAUUAUUACACCUCGAACCCACCGUUUCAGAAGUACUCCACUGUCAGUAUCGCGGCUGUCGGAACAAGUGCAAUAGCCAUUCAGUACGGAGAGACAUUGCUGCUGUCGCUCUUCUUCGAGCGAUACCCCGAUCUACUGAGACCAAGCGUCUGGAUCGCCCUCGGGGUCGCGACUCUGUCCCUGUUGCUGGCGAGCUUCGUUAGUCAGAUAUGGCUUCUCAUCAUGCUGCAAGGCGUGAUCUUCGGCGCGUCCGGAGGGUUCCUGUACUAUCCCAUCAUCGUCCUCCUGCCGCAAUGGUUCGUUCGGAGGCGCGGUCUCGCAACCGGCUUCAUCUUCGCCGGCUCCGGUUUUGGAGGGUUCGCUUUUCCAUUCCUCCUGCAGGCGCUCCUCGAACGGUACGGCUUCCGCUGGACACUCCGGAUUUGGGCUAUCGCUACGUUUGUCAUAGUCGGCAUAGCGAUCCUCGGGAUGCAGCCUCGACUGCCAAUACCCAAAUAUCAAAGAGGAAAGAGGCCGCGUUUCAUCCCUCCACAGAUGCACUUUCUCAAGUCUACGCUAUUCUGGCUCCUCACCAUCUGCACGAUCAUGCAUGCGAUGUCCUUCUACUCCGUGUCCCUCUACAUAGCCACGUUCACGAAGGUCAUCUCGUCGCCUCUGUCAGCUUCGAUAGUCCUGGCGAUCUUCAACUCCUCCGGUACUGUGUGCCAGAUCGUGAUGGGGCACCUGUGUGACCAGUUCCCCUACGCAUGGAUCAUGGCCGGCAGCACUCUCCUCAGCGGGCUAGCAGUGUUCCUCCUGUGGGGCUUCGCGCAGCAACUCACAUUGGUAUUUCUCUUUGUUAUUAUAUAUGGAGGCUUUAUGGGAGGUUACAACGCACUUGGCCCGGCAUCCGCAAGCGACUGUGCGGGAAACAAGCCGGAGCAAUCCAGUAUCAUCUGGGCGUGCAUAUUCUUCGUCCGUGGCAUCGCCGUCGUGGUCGGACCCCUCGUUUCCGGUAUGCUCUACGGUAUCGGCAAAGCGUCCCAAGGCGCACACGUCGGGUACGCAGGCCACGGGUUCAGGGCUCUGGAAGUCUUCGUCGGGACAUGCACCGUGGCCGCCAGUCUCAGCAGCGUCAUGAUGGCCAUUACGAGGCGCAAGGCCCAAGAGUGACCGGAAUCGGAAAGUCGUCGGCCGCACUGCAUUCGCGCCAGUUCUGCACUCGCUCGGAGCUGCUGGGCUGAUGUCAGCGACAUGCGGAACAUACAAGUACUCACCGACGAACGCAGGCGUGCGUCACAUAGAUCUCAUAUACUGUCGGGC